AUGUACGACCACGAGUCCACAUUUCCCCGUCAGCCUCCCCCUUCUCCACCCUGUAGCUGCACUCGUGGGUCAGUGCUUCUCAAAGAUCUCCUCCCCAAGGAGCAACGUGAGGCCAUCAUGCAACGUCGAGCAAAGGAGUUCCAGCAACACAAAGCAAGGACAUCAUCUGUUCUGUCCAAACUCCUCUAUGCUUUGCCAAACUCUCCUCUGCAGUAUCCCAUCCAAGGCUACACAGUGCGGCCUUUGACCCCAACACUAAUACCAGUAUUAGGGCUGCAUGCAGGAGAAAGAGACAGCUACAAGGUGUUCUUGAAUGUGUCCAAAGGCAUCCUGACGACAGCGACUGCAGACACACAGGUGACAGUUAAAGGUGCUGGUACGAGAGAACUGUCCAUUGAGUCCAGCAGCCUGGUGUUCCUGAAUGAGCUUCUGGCCAAAGUCUCAUACACCAGCAGCAUCUACCACAUAAACACUGGAGACCUGGCAUUCUUCAGGUUUGAAAACCAUGAAGUUGUGUUUCCCAUUGCCAUCAAACAGCCCCAAGUCCCAGUUCUGUACGACAUGGGAACAGACAUUCAAUCUCAAGUCACCAUCCUCACAAAGACUUUCCUGAGAUACCCACAGUUAAAGGUGCUGUUGGCCAGCAUUCAACAGUUCUACCCUAACAUAACGGUCAUAAUCGCAGAUGACAGCCUUGAACCAGAACGCAUCUCUGGAAAAAAUAUCCAGCAGUACAUCAUGCCUCCAGCUCAGGGCUGGUUCGCCGGUCGGAAUCUGGCGGUUUCCCAGGUGAUCACCAAAUACUUCUUGUGGGUGGAUGAUGACUUUAUAUUUACACAGAAUACAAAGAUUGAGGAAUUUUUGAAGGUGAUGGAGGCUGUCCCGGAACUGGAUGUGGUGGGAGGCUCAUUAGAAGGGAACACAGGGAACCGAUUCUGCUUUUCUCUUCUCUAUGAAGAAGGAGACGACGUGGAAGGCGGCUGCCUGAUCAGGAAGUAUGGUGAAACGUUUCACCCACUUCCUGACUUCCCAAAGUGCUCUUUCACUCACGGAGUGGUCAACUUCUUCCUGGCUCGGACAGAUGCAGUACGGAGGGUCGGCUUUGACCCUCAGCUGCAGCGUGUAGGUCACUCAGAGUUCUUUAUGGAUGGCCUGGGCUUAAUGAUGGUCGCCACAUGUAAAGACGUGGAAGUUGGCCAUCAACGCAAAACUAAAGAAAACAACAAUCCUCGCUACCAAGAAUUCAGAAAACCUAAAAACAUCGGUGGUUUUAAAUCCCAGCUUCACUAUUUCAAAAACCACCUAAAGUGUGUUCGUUAUUCAUUCAAGGCUUCAGAAUAA